ACCAUAGAAACCUGCAGCACUUUGUUGAAGUGAUUUAGAGAUUGAAAUGUUACAAGGAGGCGAGUAAGAAGUUUCGCUGUUCGAAUGAUCCGUUUUUAAUUUGUAAAUUGAGCUACUAACAUGAAAUGAAUUGUUGCAAAGGGAACCUCUGACUCGGUUCUUUGGAAAAUGUGUCUUGUAUGACAUCACGUCACCAUCGGAACAAGCAUGGCUUGCACUACACAUUGCAAGACACCAGUGCCAGAAGGACAUCAGCAGCUGGCGGCGUACGUGUCGUGGGUGAACGCGCAGCUGAGGAAGAAGCCCGGGGUGCCGCUGGUGAGGGACCUGCGGCAGGACCUGCGCGACGGCGUGGUGCUCGCACACCUCAUCGAGAUCGUAGCUGGUGAGCUCCUGGAGGGUAUUCACUAUGAACCGCGCGAUGGACAGGAGAGCAGGGAGAACGUGGAGAAGGUCCUGCAGUUUGUCUCCUCCAAACGCAUCCGCAUGCCCCAGACCUCUGCCCGCGACAUCGUAGAGGGGAACCUGAAGUCUGCAAUGAGGCUCAUCCUGGCCUUGGCUGCCCACUUCAAACCCUCGGCCUCAGCCAGUCACAGAGCAGCAGCUGCCGCCGCAGGGCGGAGCCAGCCGCCGCCCUCCUCGGCCAGUCACCGGCCCAACUCCACCAUGGCGAUGGCACAGAACGCCGUGGCAACCCUGGCAGCGGCUCGGCAAGACGCCUGCCGCUCGGGGCACGGUGUCUUCAGCCUGAGGCAGGAGUGGCACAGUCGCAGUGCCAGCGUGGAUGAUGAGACGGAGAGCCCGUGCUGGAGCGUGCGGGCGCUGGUGCAGCAGUACGAGUGCCAGCGGGACGGGCGAGAAGACAGCGUGGAGACAGUGGCCUCAGAUCUCAGCUCCCCCAGUCCUACGCACACGCCCAAAGCAGAGACCAUUGGCAGCCAAUCAGAGAACAAAGGGGAGCUUGUGGAUGGCCAAUUAGAUGAAUCACCCAAUAAAUCAGAUGACGUGGCAAAGUCUGCUCCAUGUGGUCCAGGGGCUGCUGCAGUGCAUUCUGGGCCAGUGGGGCGUCGCUCUUGGGAGGAUCAGUUGUACGAGCAACAGGAGCAGCUGGAGAGAGAAAUGCAGGAGGCCAGGAGGAUGGUGUCCAGCCUGCAGGCCUUGUUGCUGCACGGCUCCUUACCUGAAGACGAACAGGAGGUCUCUCUCAGCCUGGGAGAGAGUGCGGAAAACCCAGAGCAGCAGCUGGUGGUGAUUCGCAGUCGACUGGACCAGAGCAUGGAGGAGUCCCAGAACCUGAAGAAGGAGCUUCUCAGGUACAAGCAGGAGUCCCGGAACCUGCAGGGAGUUAAGGACGCGCUGCAGCAGCGCUUGGCGGCGCAGGAGGCCUCGGUGCUGCAGCUGAAACAGGAGCUGCUGCGCUCCAGCAUGGCCCGGGAGGAGCUGACAGGGCAGAACGUGGAGCUGCAGAGGAAGUUGGAAGACAGAAGCAGGCAGCUGAGUGACUAUAAGAAGGAUCUGGGGCAGAAAGACAGGCUGCUGCAGCAACAGCAGCUCAAGCUGGACGAAGCCCUGCGCAAACUGGCAGAGAGUAGCCAUCACAAGUCAUGGCAUUGUCAGGCUGGCCUGCAGAGGGAGCUAGAUCACAAAGAAAGCCUCCUUCAGGACCUGAUGAACCAUGAGUUGGAUGAGGUAUCCGGUCCUCAGAAUAACGGCUAUUCUCACAUGGCUGCUCCCGCCCCCCCACACAAAGGGGCAGAGGAGCUGCAGCUGGUGCGGGACGCCCUGCGCAGUCUGAGGAACAGCUUCAGCGGUCACGACCCCCAGCAUCACACGCUGGACACGCUGGAGCAGGGCGUGGCCAGCCUCAUGGACCGCCUCCACGCCAUGGACGCACGACGGCGGCAAGACAGACGGCAGGGUCGGGGGAAAUCGCCAGGACGCAAAGCCACACACACAGACCGGGACUCGUGGCCCCCCAGCACCAAAAUGGCUCAUUCCCAGAGCAGCCCGCUGCUGAAUGCCUCAGCCUCCACCAAAGUGCUCUACUUCACUGACCGCUCGCUCACACCCUUCAUGGUCAACAUCCCCAAGAGGUUGGGUGAGGUGACGCUGAGAGACUUCAAAGUGGCGGUGGACAGAGAGGGCAGCUUCAGGUACCACUUCAAAGCCCUGGACCCAGAGUUCGGCACAGUGAAGGAGGAGGUGUUUCAGGAUGAUGCGGUAGUACCAGGCUGGGAGGGAAAGAUUGUUGCCUGGGUGGAGGAAGACCAUGGAGAUGGCAGGACCUAGGCCCAGGCUUUGGAAGGGCCUGCCUCCAGUCACACGAGACAGCAGCGAGAGGGGAGAGGAGGAGCAGAGGCCGUGGACAGGGCGGUGCUCAGUGCGCAGACAGUACACUGUGCUGCCGCGGAGCUGCCUGCCUUCGGCUUGACCCGCACCGGGGCAGCGCCUUUCCCCCAGCUUUGCCCACACCGGGCACCUCAGGCCCCGCCCCUCCGUCCGCACCAACCAGGGGAGAGCGCUCGCGGUCAGGAUACCGGAGGACUUCCUGUCCGCCCGUGCGCAGUUACAUCACCUCCUGGAGGACCUGGCUUUACAAUGAAGGAAAAACACGGAGAACAAGAGAAAAUAACGUGCUCUCAUUUUCUGAGAUUGUGCCAAAUCUUGUAAAGCUACUCACAGCCCAUUCUAUUCCAGCAAGGUCCAUCGGUCUUACUGUAUGUUGUGGUGACGAAAUGUUUUUUAUUUUCGUAGCUCCUGAUUACGUGAACGUAUUUUUUGUGAUGAGCUUCACCUCACAUAUCAGCGACGACCACUUUCAGAAUGUCUUUAAACUGUAUCAUCACUCCUCCACUGAAGCCUAUGGGCACUUUUGACCAAACAGAUGUGAACUGACUUCAAACUAUCAUUGCAGAUGGCCAUAUAAGUAUAACUCCAUAAGUGGUAAAGCACAGGCUUUGGGUAAGCAACAAAGAUCUGUCUGACAGACAUAAACCCAGCUCUGCCACAGUGUUCAUGUAGAGAGGCUUAGUGAGACGGGAAGAAAUCCACAAAGAUCAUUAUCUAACCAAGAACAGUGAUCAUUAUCUAACCAAGAACAGUGCUUAUAUGCCAAACAGGGCUGGGGUUAGUUCUAAACGACAAUUGAAAAAAAAAAUUUCAGUAUAAAUGAAUGUACUCGAAUGCAAUGAAGUAUGGUGAGUUAAAGCACUCAGUUCAGGGUUGAUUCUUUUUUGUUGUUGUUUAACUGAUGGUUUUACAAUCCCAAUGGAGCUAGAUACGAAGCCCAAGAACUUGAAAAACCGAACAAAGGGUUAUGUUGAAACACAGAACUGACCCCAACUUUGUAGCCAAAACACAAAAUGGCAUUAACACCUGACGCAAGGUAACUGAAGAGCCGCUGUAUCACUCUGUAUAAAAUGGAGAAAUGAACCCCAGCACUUACAGUGAAGAACAGGUAUAAUACUGUACUGCCCUCUAAGAAGAACACACUCCCAUAAUGCACUGCUGUACAGCCAGCCCAAAAAGUCACAUGGGUUAAGUUCCAACAUUCCAAUGGGUACUCUGAAGUACUACGGUGGAACAGGUCACCUUCAAGAAUGUCUGAACUGUUGAAUGUUUUUAUUUAUUUUUAAAGGAUGUUUUAAAGGUUUAUUUGCACACAUCUUCAAUUGUGAGUCUUCACACAACUGUGAAGUAAUCAAGUGACAGAAAAUUGCCAUGUUAACCUGCCACGUUCAUAGAGUGUUUGCUGUGGUUUCUGUGUGUGCAAUUCUAUCAGGAGUGUGACUGCAGUAGAGGAAGAGAGGUGCAGUGGGAGAGUUUACUUUUCAAAGGCAUGUACUCUGCUGAGCAUUUCCUCCCCACAAGUCACCAGUGUUUCAUAUCAAAUUUGUGACUGACGUUUUUGUCUAUUACUGUAAAUAAGGUUUAUACUGUAUAUUGUUAAAAAGAGAGGCAUGGUGUUUCCUUUUUAUUUUGAAUGUUUAAGCUGGUACAUUGUUAUCCUCACAAUACUUUUAAUGAGGAAAUUACAUUAUUGGGUAUUUAACUACAAGGGAUCAAUACCCCAGCCAUGCUAUACAGUCUUUUUCGUACUGCAGUUGUAUUCCAAUGUAGGUGCUUGAUUAAAAACCCAAGGGACCAAUACACAUGGUGGCUAGAUUCCACAUACCCCUGUCUGAAAGCGAGACUGUGACUGGAAUCACAGCUGGGAGAAACACACAGGACAGAGAGAGUUUCUUGUUCAGCAACAAAUGGAGUGUGAUGACGAAAUACAGCUUCCCACCCUGCUGGUGGCAAAAGGCUCACAUAGCCAAAUACCCAGGGCCCAGUAUUUUAUGUCCCUCAGAGAGGAAGAGACCAAGAGUUGCAUGAUAGCUGGGGGAAGUGGGACCAAUUUAUUUUGAACCUGUGCGGUGUUCAUAGGCUGACUGCCAUACUUUAAAAUGUACUGUUUCCUAUGGACAUUUGAUGCAUUUAACUGUUGUUUUUUUACAGUAUGUAUUCGAGCCGUUUAAUAGAUUGUCUCACGUUUAAAAACGUGUUUUAUUCCUGAAUUAUCUUUCCCAUUAAACGAUGGUUACUGGCUA